AUGAGAGACAUGGCAAUGGCAGGCAACUCAAAAACCAGACAGUCGUGAUGAAGCGUCCACGGCCACUGCAGUGAUCAGUCAAAUGAGGGGAGGAGGACGUUUGUGAGAGGAAUAAGACGGAGGACCUGAGUCAACUUAAUAGAAGACACAAACUGGAUAAAAUACAAAAACGUCUUCGCACCAGGAGAAUCCCGGCAGGUCUGCCUGUAACUGAAGCCACACCUGUGUGGAACAUUUAUAUCUUCGGGACCCAACGUGGCUCCACCCUCUCUGAAAGCUGCAGGCCCCAUCUCUUUCCACCAUGACGGUUGCAACCAGCGACCCUUCAGAUGAAGCAGCAGCACAACCAGGUCACGACCAGUAUGGCCCAGAGCUGGAUCACGAGUGCUGCGAAAGGGUCGUUAUCAAUAUCUCGGGCUUGCGCUUCGAAACCCAGUUGAAGACACUCUCUCAGUUCCCAGAGACGCUGCUGGGUGAUCCAAAGAAACGAAUGAGGUAUUUUGAUCCUCUACGCAAUGAGUACUUUUUCGACCGCAAUCGACCAAGUUUUGAUGCUAUACUGUAUUAUUACCAGUCUGGAGGGAGACUCCGACGUCCUGUUAACGUGACCCUGGACAUUUUUUCUGAGGAGAUCCGCUUUUAUGAAUUGGGUGAGGAGGCUAUGGAGAUCUUCAGGGAGGAUGAAGGUUUUAUAAAGGAGGAGGAGCGGCCGCUGCCAGAAAAUGAGUUUCAGAGACAAGUGUGGUUACUAUUCGAGUACCCAGAGAGCUCAGGUCCAGCUCGUAUCAUUGCUAUCAUCUCUGUCAUGGUGAUUCUUAUCUCUAUUGUCAGCUUCUGUCUGGAGACACUGCCAGUUUUUCGAAAUGAAGAUGAGGAUCUCUACAGUUAUCCCUAUCAACCCACAACCAACUCCACCUAUACUUUUGACAGCUCACCAUAUUUCACAGAUCCUUUCUUCAUCGUGGAGACCCUCUGCAUCAUUUGGUUCUCUUUUGAGUUCCUAGUGCGCUUUUUUGCCUGUCCAAGCAAAGCUGGAUUUUUUGGCAACAUUAUGAACAUCAUAGAUAUUGUUGCAAUCAUUCCUUACUUCAUCACCCUGGGCACAGAGCUUGCCGAGAGGCCAGAGGACAGCCAGGCAGGCCAACAGGCUAUGUCUUUGGCUAUUCUUCGUGUCAUCCGUCUAGUAAGGGUAUUUCGUAUCUUCAAACUCUCUCGUCACUCUAAGGGUCUACAAAUCUUAGGACAGACUCUGAAGGCCAGUAUGCGUGAGCUGGGGCUCCUCAUCUUCUUUCUGUUUAUCGGUGUUAUCCUCUUCUCCAGUGCUGUCUACUUUGCAGAAGCAGACGAGUCACAAUCCCAGUUCAACAGCAUCCCCGAAGCCUUUUGGUGGGCAGUGGUUUCCAUGACCACGGUAGGCUAUGGAGACAUGGUCCCAACAACUAUUGGAGGAAAAAUUGUGGGGUCUCUCUGUGCAAUUGCUGGCGUGCUGACUAUUGCCCUGCCUGUGCCUGUUAUCGUGUCAAAUUUCAACUACUUCUACCACAGAGAGACAGAGGGUGAAGAGCAAGCACAAUAUCUCGCCAUCCCAAGUGUGCCCAAAGCCAGCUCGGCGGAUGAGCUGAAGAAGAGUGGUCGCAGUGGCAGUGGAUCCACACUCAGUAAAUCUGACUAUGUGGAGAUCCAGGAGGCUGUGAAUCACAGUUCGGAGGACUUCAGAUCAGAGGCCAUGAAGACGGGAAACUGCACCCUAACCAACACUAACUAUGUAAACAUCACUAAGAUGCGUACGGAUGUAUAACGCAAACUUCUUCAGCUUGAUAGCCUCUGCUGGGAUUUGCAAAGACUUUAGCAGCAGAAUUAAUUUGUAUGUCCCUCUGCUGACUGAUAUGACACCCAGUGUGGGACUGUGAGUGAGAAUUAAAUUACAUUUCAAAAAUUAUCAGUGGAGAAAAAAAAUAUUUUUUCUCCCAUCAAAUGGACUAACCAGUGCAUAAGUGGAAAAACUGCCAUCCAUCUCAUUACGGACAUCCAGAAUAUAUGCAUGGAGUUAGUCUUACAGUACAAACAGUAAGUAGUUCAAGUAGUAAAAUAGUAGUCAAACCAGUAAUAAUCAGUAGUAAUGACAUAAAGGGGCCACCAGUUUUUAACUUAAUAGUUCAAAUUGCUGCAGAGAAGAUAAAUAGCAACAACAAUUUAUAUCAGGCUUCCUUUCUUUUUAAGAAAUUGUCACAUAACUUUGUGAUUAAAACUAUAUGAUCAGCUUUUAUGAGCAGUUUUAUUCUGCUGCUCUAACUGCCAAGGCUCUGACUCAGAGGACGACGAAAUCCCCAAGAUUACAGCUGUACUGCCAGGGGAACCAUUUUAACAAAAUUGGUACCACAAUGAGCAGUGAAUUGGACAGCUUUACAGCUCUGUACAUCUGCUCAUUUUGAACAUAGUGUACACAUUACUUUCUUUUUCAAAAUGUGAGUUGGAAAGUUGGAGCAUGGGGCAAGGCGUUUUGGCUCAGUAAGUCCAAUUGAUCGCUCACACGUACGAGUAAUUCAAUUCCCAACUGCACUGUCAAGGUGUGUUGCCUUUGUGUUCAUUCUUUGUGUCAGAUGUUCACAUGUAUUUAAAAGUCCAAUUUUUGGUGGACCAACACAAUGAUUAAAUAGUUGUUUUUUUUUCUAAGAUCAUGCAAAUAUACUGAGAUAGGUGGCUGUGAUGUACUGAAAGUCUUCAUCCCAACAUCCCAGCACAUCCGUCUUGUCUUCUUAAUUAAGCUUAAGAUGAUAGGACACAUGUAGGAUGUCGACACUAGCCAAGACUCUGCCUUUUUUUUUUUUUUUUCUUACAACUAGCAGGUUA